AUGCGGACGCCAGGGAUGGAGGGAGGGAGACGCACCACGGCCAGAAGGAGAGGGAGGGUGGCCGCCGUAGCCGGAGUGGCUGGCGGCAGGGAGGUGGACGCCGGCGUCGGAGUGACGCACGGCGGCGCGGCACACACGCACGCUCUCUCGCUCUCUCUCCUCCACUCGCUCUAUGGGUUUUUGAACUCACCUUUCUCGCUGUCGUCUUCUCUGCGAGACCAGGGACCCCCUCGUGCCAGAGCCGCCCGGACCGAGUACAUGUGCACCAACCAAACCCCCUUCCUUCUUUCCCAUCCCCGUACCGUCUCUCUCCACCACGGCACCAUAGACAGAUCGCUCGCGGCCGCGAGGACAAGCUGCGCAAAACCCUCCCCCCUCUCCACUCCAGUCUCUGCCCCCAGAAGCAAAAUGCUCCGACACGUCGCCGGCGCCGUGGCGGCGCCCCUCCGACGCUCCCUCUGCACGGCGGCCUCGCGCUCGCGCCCUCCCUGGGCCCUCACCUACAGGAUGGCACCGCUGGGCGCGCCGUCGCCGGGCGCGCGCCCGUCCUUGGACCACCACGAGCCCCCCUGCGUCUCCCAGCUCUCCGUCCCCGCCCACCUGGCCGACGGCAUGGACUUGGCCGCCGUAAGCAUCCAGGCCGCCAGCUGCGACGGCCUCCUCCUCCUCGAUUUCGCCGGCACCCUCCGCGGUGACCGCGACUACGGCGACAGCCUGCCCGCAGUGGCUGCUUUUGCCGCCGCCUACGAACCGGGCGUCAGGCGCUUCGUCUGCAACCCCCUCAGCGGCGAGCUGUUCCGCCUCCCGCUCCCCAGCAUGGAUGCCGAGAAGACGACCAUGCCCUUCGGCCUGCUCACCCAAUCCAACGGCUCCCACGGCCCGCCGGACAGGUUCGUGGUCGCCCAACUCUGCCUCCGGGAAAGGGACGGCCAAAGGGUCGUGCGCCGGUUUCUGUCCGAAACAGGGGAGUGGGACGAGCCGCCGCUGUCCGUCCCGGCCGAGGCCCCGGGCUGGCGCGCCAUGCCCCUCCACGAGGUGGUGGCGUUCGGGGACCGGCUGUGGUGGCUCGACCCUUACUUCGGCGUCUUCUCUGUCGACCCAUUCACUGACCGACCGGAGCAUGGCUUCGUCGUGCUGCCGCGCCCGCUGCCCAACUUUGACAUGGAGGUGCAGCUGGAACUGUACCGGCUCUUGGGUGUGAGUGAGGGGAAGCUGCGCUAUGUCGAAUUGACCAUCAAGGAGCCGUUUAUGCUCUACUCGUUCUCGCUCGACGAUGAGGGGUCCUCCUGGAAGCUAACACAUGAGAUGAGAAUGAACCUGGUGUUGCCUGACAAGUCUAGACCACGGUUAGACCAAAUGCCGUGGAUUUCUGCAAUUGGUCCAUUCAAUGCCAACAUAUUGUACUUCCAGCAUGGUGAAUUUAUUAGUGCUCUCGACUUGGCUGAGGGAGAAAGGAUUGGGAGGAGUGCUUUUCUAGACAACAUCAAAUCUCUGUACCACGGCUUUGUGCCCCUGAUACUCCCGGCAUGGCUCCCCAGGGCAGGAACACUUUCGAGCAAGACAACCAAUUGCACAACUAAGACUUUGGCAGACAUGCUGGUUCGUGUUGACAAAGACCCGAGAAAUUGAUGCCAGCUAACUUAUCUUUGGUAACUCAUCUUAAUAAUUCUUUCUUGUUUGGGUACCACUUAUUAUUUCCAUUCGAUAUUUAGUCUUAUAUUUUCCUUUCUCGUGUUCGUUCUGCGUAUCUCGUAUACUUGCAAUGUGCUACUUCUUACUUGUAGGAGCAAGUAGUUUGAUCAUGUUUCCGAGGGCAUGUUUGGAUGGUAACCAAAACUAACUGUAUCA